AACCAUGGCUUUUCGAUUUUGCGAAGCAGCGGAAGAGUGAAAAAUGAACAAAAUCGCGAACGUAGUGUAUUCGGGCUGGAUGGUGAAGUCUCCCCCCGAGAAGAAAUUCCGUCUGACUGGAGCGUGGAAAAUCUUCCGAGCAUUCUCACCCGAUGUGAUGGACACCACCCGAUGGAAGAAGAGGUUCUUCGUUCUCUUCAAGCCCGAGGGUAGUCUUCCACACCAGUAUGUUCUGAACUACUACGGUGACGAGAACUGUAAACGGCUAAAGGGAGUCAUCGACCUUGAACACUGUGAACAAAUCAUAGAAUCCCUCGACCUUGAACUCUACCCUUUCCUGCUCGCAAUCAAGACCUUCCAUAAAUCUAAGGAAAGGACAUACUUCUUGGCCACAGACACGGAAGAACAGAUGACCACGUGGGUUCGCAAUCUGUGUAGUGUGUGCGGACUAAAGCCGGAGGACAACCCCACCAGUGAGUCUGCAUUUACUGAUGACAUCCCCCCACCAGUUACAGAGAACCCUAGAACCAGUUUCUCCGUGUCACCAGACAACCCACAACCGAAACCAGUGUUGGUGGUGCCCCCUAUCACCACACAACCAACGAUACCAAAGUCCAUGGUAAGGCAGAAUUCACUGGAGGAUUACAUCCCUCUCACAAACUGCAGCUCAGGGAAAAACCCAUGCCGACAGGACAGUGUAGAUAGCAUACCGGACGAACACGCACCUCCCCCACCGAUCAAAGUAGGGCACGAUGAUAUAGACAAUGAAGUAUUUCACCCGUCAACUUACGACACGCCAAAACGCCGCGAUCGAGUGAUAGACAGUAUAUACAAGAAGCCACCUCCCAGGGUUAUCACCCCUGAUCACAAUGACGCUCAGGACACUUACGACGUUCCCCCACCCACUCACCACAGCCCCAGUUCACCUCGCUCAAGCAGCAGUGACAGUCAAAAGGUAGACUCUGCAUACUCCUCACAAACUGGUCUCCCUGCCUACGAUUACCUACCGCACAGCGGGGACCAGUUAGUGCAUGAUGAUGUGUAUGAUGUGCCUCCUUCGACUCACCCCACUGUGCACGGGCUGCUGGGGGAGGUACCCCCUGCACGUCCCCCACCUCCCACCAAGCCCUACAAUCAAGAACCAUACCAGAACCUCCCCACAAACAGCCGCAUUUCUAACUUUGAUUUGGACAAAGUGGUGCCCACGCAUUCUUCUUUGGAUAAACAUUGUUCUAGUGGAUCAUAUGAUAUUCCGCCGGCAAAACUCGUCUACAACAGACCCAGGGGUUCCUUAGCAAAUGGGGAUCUUAAGAGUGUGUCCCCAAAUAGUGUUCCUCCCCCACCACACAAGUGUUCAACAGGUGUGCCUCACAGUUAUAUAAAUGCUGGUAAGGGUUAUGUGCAGCCCCGAGUGGACAGUGAAAACAAUUAUCUCCCGAUGGAGGGAAACAAGUCUCGCAAUAACUCGGACAGUGUGUACCAUGAUAUGUCUGGGGGUCACGACCCCUAUCUUGAUAUGACCCCAGGUCAUCAACAGGUGGAGUAUGACACACCCCCAGCACGACCCCCCAGGGUGUCUCCACGACCAUCCACUAACCAUGAGCAGGACACGUACACUAUAUUUAGUACUGCUCGGACCAGGAGUUUUAAACGUCAUCCAAGUUCCAGUAAUUCACAUGGCACACUUGAGAAAAGGUUUGUCACGAUGGACAACAAUGACUGUGACAGUAUGCAGACUAAAACAUAUACAAAAUGUGCUGAUGCUUUAAGUUUACAGGAUGUGCUAAUGUUUUCUUUCUGAUUACAGAGAUCCAAAGGUUGGGGAGACAUACCUCCUGCCCCCAAGCAGGAUACCGAGCUGAAGUAUCUGGACCUAGCCUUAGACAGCAACAGUGAAAACAACACCCACAGGCUGACUGCCCCACCCCCAGGACAGAGCACGCCCACAGAGUACAAGGAAAUAGACUUUGUUAAGACAAUCGGGCUACAGGAGCUCAAGUCUAAAGUUCAGAAUGACCGGAAACACGAUGAAGCGUGACAGCAAAUCAAACAAAGAGAAAAGAUAGCAGUUCGGACUUGAUUCUUCACCUGAAGAAGUGUGGCUGUGAAUCGGAGAGGGUGAGGUGAAGUGUGGCCCGAGGGAGCAGUGGGUUGUAGUGUGGCUGUUAAUCAGGGGAGGAGUGAGAGGGAGAUUUAAGUUUCCUAGCCAGGAUGAGUUUGUGAUGUGAUAGUUUACUGAAUUACACAUUCGUGCAAUCUUCCUAUUACUGAUUAUAUUGUUACUAUAUGAAAUCAAAAAGUUCUCUAGGAUUUGGAUCAAAUUUUUAAACCAAAAUAUGUUUGGACUCCCAAGUAACAUGUAAAUUAGUUUAGCCCUCUGUCCCAAUGAGGGACUCUUUAUGAGUCCUUUAAGUUGUUUGAAAAUCAUUUUGACUUUGGAGUAAGUGGAUGAGCAGGAAUUAUUCUGAUGACACAGUUAUUACUGUGGUCAGGAGGAAGUACUUGUAUAUAUAUGCAGCACUGUUCAUUACAGGGAAAUGGCUAUUUAUAGACACACUGACUAGGUAUCAUAAAAUCAAAUUAUUUUAGUAGUAGUUUGAGAAAAAUAAGCUUUUGAAUUGGGACAGAAUUUUUUCGUGGAAGAACUAUUCUUUUUUAAUUUAGUUCCGCCUCUCUUGAUUGAAAUGUGCAGAUUUGUUCACAUCAUGAAACUCAACAAAAAGUAAUGGUUAAAUACGGUAGUUAUACCAUGAAGGCACGAAAACACAAUAAUCUGUCUCAUCAGCUUCCACCAGUCCACAAAAGAUUUCCAAAAAUGAACUGUUAAACUUAGUGAGUUUAGUAGAUACUUUUUUGUGAGAUAAAAAUGACCAAACUCUCUUAAUUAUACAGGGUUGAAACCCCCAUUUUCUUGAUAUAUUUAUCAAUUACUGAAUACAUGUGCAAUGUUUCUAUCAUAUGAUUGCUACCAGAAGUGACUUUCCAAACUAGAAAUAACAAAUUUUGACCAUAAUGGCAGAAGACAAUGGGAUUAUAUCAUGUAACUCACAAGACCCCUCAUUGUACCAUCGUUUAAAAAAGACCCAUGUCUACUUCAUAAAUUUUUAAUAUGCUACUUGUUAUAUUUGCAAACAAAUUAUAGAUGAAAGUAUGUGUUGCUCCUUGAAUCAGAAUUUGUUUUAAGAUUUGUAGCCUGCAUCCUAAAGACGGAGAGAUUUAAGACUUAUGUUUAUCAUUUCAGUUUUGCAUGUGAACUCAAUAGUAGUCAAUUUCUCCAUAUUUUCUCAAGAUUCUUACAGAAAACUUAGUAGGUUUUUUUAAAAAAAAAUUUUUUCAUUUUGAAAUGCAAAAUGAUGUAUUGAAAUGUCAUUUUGUAACACACAUUUCUUGCAAAUUCACAAAUCUCUACGCUGCUCUUAUUUCUGUUAUCUCACUCGUACUUUAUCGCUGUUUUGCCAAUGUGAAAGAGAAUUUCAUUUUCAUGUUGUCCUGGCUUGAUACAGUAUGUGUUUUUCUAAUCCAGUGAGGAAAAUCCAGUCCCUUAUGAAAUGAUAAGAUGGCGUGCAUAACUAGUUGAUGUAUGGUUGUAAGAAAGUGGAGAUUCAGAGGUUAGAUAUUAUGUGGUUGUUCCGAAGAGUGCUUAAUCUACACUACUAUUCCAUUUUAUAUAAAAUAAAAAUUUCUGUAUAUUCUUGCUAUUAUUGAGCAACUUACAUUAUUUUGUUGUUAAUUUGUGUUAUAUAAUGGAAUGAUGCCAUAGGCCUGGUUGACUUUGACUUUUUUAAUAGUCAGAAUUACUUCUAAACAGAUAUGCUAGCAGCUACAUGAGUUGUAUGGAAUUCUGGGAGAUUGUUUUUUUUUAUAAGUUGGUUGUUAAAAAGUUUUUAAACAUGUUUAAGGAAUGAUGUAUUUUUAAAAAGAAAUGAAGUACUGUGUAUACAGAUAGGAGAGUCAAAUCUUGCCACUGUAUUUUGAUACUACCUUCAUGAGUUUGCCAAAAUGAACUUAGAAUGUCACAAAACACCAAGCUAAAGCCAAAGAUUCUGUGUUGCUCAGUGAAUUUUAAGAAAUCUGUAUUUGGUUGUCUUAGUAACUUUGGACCCACCAGUUUAAUGGUCUAAAUGUUGUGCGAAAUUGAUGUUACUCACCGAUUUAUAAUUGUGAAAUAGUUUCAUUGACGUUUGAUUGGUUUUAUUGAUUUUAAAUACAUGUAUGUGAAGAUUGAAGACAUUGUUUAGAAAAGGACUUUUUCACGUAUGUGAAUUAUUCAAAAACCACUUAUCAUCUGGUAAUGGUUAAUUGAUACAAAUUAAGGGUUUAUGAAAAGAAGUUGUAAAAAGGUUAAGGAUUAGUUUUGCGGUAUUCCUGCAAAAGACGAGAUAUUUCAUAAAAUUGUUGUUGCAUUGAAAAAUGAUAAUGAUUGCGACUAAAUGCCUCUGAUGAGAUUUGGACCCUGAACUUCGUGUUUGAGUUAAAACUAGUCCACUGCACUAGGACGUCUUGGAUAUUUCAUCAUAAAUUGCGGAUGAUAAUAGAUAAGUCCUGAUGAUGUAAUGAUAAAAACAAAGAAUCCCUGGGGGAAAAGUUACUGCCUUUUGUUGAGGGAUUUACAUUGUUAAAUUUGACAUUACAAAUCCAUGAAAUUUUCAAAACCUAUUUCAUUUGUGCAAUCUACUGCUGAGUCCUGCACUGAUCAUGUAAUUGUGAAUAGAGAUUGAAUUACCGAGAUAUCUUAAUGCCGAGUCCUGCUUUGAUUAUGGAGAUUUGAUUUCCGAGAUUUCUUUCUGCUGUAUUGAUGUAUUCAAUGCUAUCAAGACUGCAUGUCAAUAUGUACAGGUCUGCUGAAUGAUUUAUUGAAGAAAUAGGAUUUUUUUUUCUUUGUGUUUAAACUCAAUGCUUAGAACAUUAAUAUUCAUCAAUAUUAGUUAUUCUUGGUUUAAAUUGUCCAACACUAGUUUCAGUUUUCUGUAGAAUUGUCUUUUCUUUGUUUGCAUUUUUAUUCCAGUGUGGGGAUUUUGACCAAUAUCUCAUGCAGAACCAAAAAUGUCAUGCAUUUUGAAAACUCUUUAAGCAUUGUUUACUUAAUCUUGAGUAGAAUUUGAUGCAUUUAAAUUGUCAUAGUUGUUCAAUAUAUAUUUUUAUAGUAUAUACCCUUAUUAACUCAAAAUGACUGUGAUUUUUGUCAAAACCAUUCAGAAUUGUACAUUUACAUGUCUAAGUUUAAUCCCGACUUCCACAAUAAAUAAUAAUUUUUUGGUCUGCUGCAUUAUUGAGCUGUUCACUUGUAAUAGAUAGAAAGUCCUAGUAUUUUUGGAUUAUGUAUGGAAAGAUUUGUUACAAAUUUUCUGAUUCUAAAUGUACUAAAGUAAUGUAAUAGAUUGUAAACAUGCUAUGGUUGACUGAAUUAUGGUGAUCUACUGCUAUUGGGAAAUUAUAUUUACCUGCCAAGAUUGUUGAAUUCUCUUUGGUUUGGGGGGGGGGGGGGGGGGGGGGGGGAGUUGUCAUGAAAUCUGAAGUUCAUUACUAAUUAUGGUUUGGAAAAUAAGCAAAAUAGAAAUGUCAGAAAUUUUCCAAAUGCUGUUAAAGAGAAGUGUUAUUCCGCAAAAGGUAUAAUGACUUGAUUCCAAUUUUUUUCCUAGUUGACUCUGCUUUGACAUUCAAAUGUACUAUCUCUAUACAUGUAUAUUAUGAAUUAACUGUCGUCCACAAAGUAUACAUUGUUUUCUGAAAAUGAGGGGGGAAAAAACAGUAUACAGAAAUGUCCCGCUCACCAUAAGGUUUUCACAGGUUCUUUUGUGUUUUUUCUGUUGCCUGUAACAAUAGAUUCUGUUGUAACGGUUGAAACGACCAUUGAUUGUAAAUCAGCAGAUUGCCACUCUCUUAUUACUGUAGAUAUGUAUCAUUUUCCUGUAGACAUCAGAACUUCAUCGAUAGACUACACAAUGUCAAAACAUGCAAUGUAUCUGUACUGGCUACACAAUGUCAAAACAUGCAAUGUAUCUGUACUGGCUGUUGUACAUACUGAACGUCAUUAUAAUAUUAUUAUAUGAAGUAUAUUUUGUUGACUUUAUGAAAGUACAUAUAUAAUAUAUAUAUAUAUCUAUAUCUUGUUAAGAAUUAGAUUGUAUUGUUUUAUGAGCAAGGUUCAUUUACUUUGUUAAAAGUCGCAUACAGUACAUUUAAGUGUGCCAUUGUAAAAAAAAAAUUGUCAAAAGUCAGCAUUGAAUAUUUGAAUCUUCUGAUGAUCUGUAGCUAAAAAUAAACUCACAGUAAUGCCA